AUGGCUCUAGACACCCAGUACUACGAGAAAUGGCGCCACUUGUCUCUGAGAAACCUUCCGAAAGCCAAGGCUGCACUCACCGCAGCAAGAACAGCUGCAAAUGCUGUUUAUGUGCCUCCAGCUCAGCAGGGCGUUAAUUCACUGGCGGAUCCAGCAGUGGGAUCCUCCAUGCAGAAGAGAAGGAUUACAAAAUUGCUUACAGUUAUUUCUAUGAGAGCUGUAGCCGAUGCUUAUUCAAAACGGUCUCUGAAGCUCUUUGAAAUUUGUCUUCAGAAUUUCAGGCCCCAACUAGAGGAAGACCCUAUGCAUCUCUCUUCCCUGUAUGACACACUAUUGGAGCAGAAUCUUUGCAGGUUGAUCGAGCCUUUCUCGAUGGUCGAGAUUGCUUAUCUGGCCGACCUGAUCCAAUUGCCUGUAGACCAUGUUGAGAAGAAAUUGUCUCAAAUGAUCCUGGAUAACAAAUUUUUAGGAACUUUAGAUCAGGGAGUUGGAUGA